UGUGCUUAGUGGAUCCACCGCGGGCCCAUCCCCGCCGCGCGCGCCCAGAGCAAGCCCGCGACCGCGGUGCCGGCGACCAGUAUGGCUCGGGCGUGUUUGCGGACGCGAUGCCACGCGAGACGGAAUAGACCUAGCUCGCGCUUGACGUCGGAGACCUUGCCUUCGAGAACGAUCAAGCGCUCGCGCGGCGUACUCAGUAGCUCCGUCGACGACGUCACUUGAUCAAACAACGCGUCAACAACUGCGCCGCCCAGUUUCGCCUCGAUAUCGUCUCCAAGCGGCGUGUCCGCGGCAGCGGCGACGCGGCGCGACACCUCGGACCGGAGCUCGUUCUUCCGCUUCUUCAGCGCCGUGGCGUCGAUUUUGUCAAGGCCCUUUCGUGCAAGGAGCUCGAAGCUCGCAUCGACGGCCGCGUCGACGACCGCCGUAGGUGCUAGGUUCCACGUCGCUUCACGUAGUUUCUGGCGGACUGCGUUUCGUAGCGGCGCUUUCGUCGGAUCACCGAACAGUGCUCGCGAGAUGCGCUUCGGUGGGGACAGGGCAUGUGUGGCUAUGAUCAGUGUGAGGAUGCGGAGCCUCAUUUGUCCGUUUCCGCCGUCGAAGCGCUCCCACGCGAUCGCGCAGGGUGCCACGAGACAAGAGAUGGCGCAAGCGGUCACUAUGGCAAUGAAUGGUUGAUUUUCGAUGAUUGGAAAACCCGUCACUAGUUGUCCAGGACGGAGCACCUGGGGGACGGGCGGCGUACAAUCCGUACCCGAACUACAGCUACAACCACUCGUCUUACGAAGCCAAGCCCCACGGCUCGUCGCGCGACCAGACGUGGACGUGGUUCGCCCCACGCGCGCUGCCCGGCGCGACGCCGACGAGCCGCAGCUCGGGGUCGACGUACUCGAGGUCCGUGCGCGUGCCGCUCGGGUCGAAGAGCUCGAGGGGCGCGAGGCGCGCGACGGCGUCGACUACGUCCGCCGCGUCCGACGUGAGCUUUCCCUCCGGGUGCAACGAGUGCUUGACGUCGGAACACUCCAGGGUCCAGGUCCGGAGCCGUGUCGUGGACUCCACAAGCGUCCCUUGACUCGUCGCCAAGAGCACGCCCUUGUCACCGUUCCGGGGGCGCCGCCACGCGAAUUCGUGGCGCACGUUGACCAGUUCGCCCUCGAAGGCCAAGUGCUGCGUGACCUCGUCGACGACGAGAUCGCGCUCCAGGGACAGCGCGGCGAGCUUCGUCGGCUCGCGCGACGGCUUCGUCGACACGCACUCGCGCAGGCGCCAGGCGCCCGCGAGGCUAAACUCGACGAAGGCGCGCGUCUCGUAGUUGCAUUGGUGGACGCCAAGCAGCCGGUCGACGGCGGCCGCGACGUCUCUCUCGCUGUCGAGGGCGGCCCAGAGUUGCUGGCGCGCCUCGUUCACUGUGAUUGGCGCGGGCGCCGCCGGGACGGCGGACGGCGCUGCUGCGUCUUGCGGCGGCGGCGUGAGCGUUGCGCCUUGCAGCGGCGCGACUCGCGCUGCGCCUUGCGGCGGCGCGAGCGCGGCGGCGCCUCGCAAGCAUAGCAGGGGUGCACCUUGCAGCGCCAGCAAGCAUAGUAGGGGCCUCGCCAUGGCGUGCGCCCGCGGGGAGGCGCUUGAGUUCAGCAGCUUCGGAGCCCCUGGGACUACUCUAUCUACGCAACUGCUUGUCUCCCAGGCUCACAGGGGCCGCAGAGUGCCACCUGAGCGAGAUUGGAG